AUGGCGACCGCCGCCGUUCUUCGCAGAUCUGUCCGUUCCUUUUCGGCUAUUGGAACUUUAACUGGAAACAUCAAGCCUUCAUGGGCUCCAAGUAAUAAAUGGAUGGGUCUUGCGAGGCCAUUCAGCACUAAACCAGCCGGAAAUGAUGUAAUUGGAAUUGACUUGGGAACUACUAACUCUUGUGUUGCUGUCAUGGAGGGAAAGAACCCGAAAGUUAUUGAGAACUCUGAAGGUGCUCGAACGACGCCAUCAGUAGUUGCAUUCAGCCAAAAGGGGGAGCUUUUGGUGGGAACUCCUGCCAAAAGACAAGCUGUCACCAACCCAACCAACACUGUCUUUGGAACCAAGCGUCUAAUUGGUAGGCGGUUUGAUGACCCUCAGACCCAGAAGGAAAUGAAAAUGGUCCCUUACAAGAUUGUCCGUGCCCCGAAUGGGGAUGCAUGGGUUGAAGCAAAUGGCCAGCAGUACUCACCAAGUCAGAUUGGUGCUUUUGUUCUAACCAAGAUGAAGGAAACCGCUGAGGCCUACCUUGGCAAGACUGUUAACAAGGCUGUGAUUACAGUUCCAGCUUAUUUCAAUGAUGCCCAAAGGCAAGCUACAAAAGAUGCUGGUAGAAUUGCGGGUCUUGAUGUGCAAAGAAUUAUUAACGAGCCUACGGCAGCGGCACUUUCUUAUGGCCUUAAUAACAAAGAGGGUCUUGUUGCUGUUUUUGAUCUUGGUGGUGGUACUUUUGAUAUCUCAAUCUUGGAGAUAUCCGGUGGUGUUUUUGAGGUGAAAGCCACCAAUGGCGACACAUUCUUGGGAGGUGAAGACUUUGAUAAUGCUCUAUUGGAUUUUCUGGUGAGCGAAUUCAAGAGGACAGAAGGCAUCGAUUUGUCGAAGGACAAACUUGCUCUCCAGAGGCUCCGUGAAGCGGCCGAGAAAUCCAAGAUAGAACUCUCGUCAACUUCCCAGACGGAGAUCAACCUACCCUUCAUCACGGCCGAUGCCUCAGGCGCAAAGCAUCUCAACAUAACCUUGACCAGGUCAAAGUUCGAGGCUCUCGUGAACCCCCUGAUUGAGAGGACCAAGGCCCCUUGCCUGAGCUGCUUGAAGGAUGCUGGCACGAAGAUCACUGAGAUCAAUGAGGUUCUCCUUGUUGGGGGGAUGACACGUGUCCCUAAGGUUCAGGAAGUGGUUUCUCAAAUCUUUGGCAAGUCACCUAGCAAAGGAGUGAACCCGGACGAGGCAGUGGCCAUGGGGGCUGCCAUCCAGGGUGGCAUUCUCCGUGGUGAUGUGAAAGAGUUGCUUCUUCUUGACGUCACCCCACUUUCUCUUGGUAUUGAGACACUUGGCGGUAUUUUCACCAGGUUGAUCAACAGGAAUACCACUAUCCCCACAAAGAAGAGUCAGACAUUCUCGACGGCAGCCGACAACCAAACCCAAGUCGGCAUCAAGGUCCUCCAAGGCGAGCGAGAAAUGGCUACCGACAACAAGCUCCUGGGUGAAUUCGAGCUCCAGGGCAUUCCCCCGGCACCGCGCGGCCUCCCCCAAAUCGAGGUUACUUUUGAUAUUGACGCCAAUGGCAUAGUGACCGUCUCGGCCAAGGACAAAACGACUGGAAAAGAGCAGCAGAUCACAAUCCGAUCCUCCGGUGGCCUAUCGGAAGAUGAGAUUCAGCAGAUGGCGGCGCCGGAGGCUGAGUAUGAGGAAGUCAAGAAGUGA